CACAGUCACCGGCGUAUUCUACCAAUGAAAAAACUAUUUACACAAUAUAUUUAUCUACUGCUCCAAUAGAACCGAUAAUUCAAUAAAUUAGUGUCUUUUUUUCUUUGGACCAGAAGGUGUUUGUAUAUGAUAUCAGUGCGUGUAUCAUCGGCCAUGAUCUGCAUGGUAUUUCUCAUUGGAAUAACGCUUGCAUCAUGCAUAUCAAGAAAACCAUUCCCAAACGAAAUAACGUUUUGUUGUAAUUUCAAAAAUAGUCAACAUACCAACGUUCACUGUUAUGGUAAAGAUCUUCUGGAAAUACCCAACAACUUAUCAAGAUCCCUUAUGAAAUUAAGUAUUACAGAUGCGAAGAUUACGCAUAUCACGAAAAGAGAAUUUGAUCCAUAUCGAGAAGAAAUGAGAGACGUCACACUUUCACAUUUGCCAAAUUUGCGAGUAAUUGAAGAUGGAACUUUUAGCGAUAUGCCCAAUUUAAGAACACUAUACAUAUCGAAUGCACCCCAAAUUAUGUUUUUGAAUGGAUUACUACUGGGAGUUACAUCUGACACUUUUUAUUCUCUCCGAAUUGUUUGGACUAGAUUAAUGGAAGUGCCUGAUUUAUAUCAUCUACCUGCUAAUAAUACAAUGUUUUUAUUGGAUUUAGAUCAUAAUAAUAUACAAAAAUUAUCCGCUAAUUCCAUUAAGGUGUCGGCUCAACAAGUUACAAUUAAUUUCAAUCCUUUGCAAACUGUUGAUGAUUACGCUUUCAAUGGAUCUCAAAUAGCAGAAUUACAAAUGCAUUCAAAUUUUCACUUGAAGACACUGGGAGAUCUGGCUUUUAGCGGAAUAAGUAGCUUACGUCUUUUGGACUUAUCUCAAACAUCGAUUGAAGGUUUACCAAGCGAAGGAUUACAAGAGCUAGAAACUUUAAAAAUAGAAGAUACACAUACCAUGCAAACUAUUCCCAGUAUUUACGAUUUGAGGAAUUUGAAAACGGCAAAACUUACACAUUCCUUUCACUGUUGUGCCUUCCAAUAUCCCGCCCAACACAAUCCGGGCAAGCACGCCCAAUUCGCUGAUAAUAUGAAAAAAAUUUGCAUGGAACUUGCAAAAUCCGGCUCUGGUAUUUUAAAAAGAAAAAGAAGAUCUAUUCACAAAGAAUGGCCAUCGUCCCAAGAACGGUUAUCAAGGGGUCAUUUAGAAGAUAUUUUGCGACCAUUAAAAGGUAAAGUAUUAGAAGAAGAAAAAGGCAAAAUUAUUGAUACGAUGAUGGUUGAUGAAGAAGACGAAGAAUACGAUGGAUUUUUUCACUCAGAUGCCACCAAAGUAAAUGAUACUCAACUAGCCACUCAUUGCGGAAAUAUAAUUUUUAGGAUGCCGGAAGUUGAAUGUUUACCAGAUCCAGACGCUUUAAAUCCAUGUGAAGACAUUAUGGGCAUGUCUUGGUUGAGAAUAUCGGUAUGGUGUGUUGUAAUACUAGCAUUGCUAGGAAAUUUGGCUGUUAUAAUUGUUUUUUUAUUUAGUCAAAGUGACAUGAACGUAUCUCGUUUUUUAAUUUUGAAUUUAGCGAUAGCGGAUUUCUGUAUGGGAUUGUACUUAUUAUUGAUAGCCGCUAUGGAUUUCCAUUCUGUCGGACAAUAUUUUAAUUUUGCGUUCAAUUGGCAAUACGGUAUCGGUUGUCAAUUAGCUGGAUUUUUGACAGUUUUUUCAAGUCAUCUCUCUAUAUACACGUUAACGGUCGUUACAUUAGAACGAUGGUUUGCAAUUACAUACGCCAUUUAUCUCACUAAACGUAUAACUAUCAAAUGUGCAUUUUACAUUCUCUUCGGCGGUUGGGUUUACUCAAUAAUUAUGGCGGUUUUACCAAUUCUUCGAGUCAGUAACUACAGCAGUACAAGCAUCUGUUUACCGAUGGAAAGCAAACGAAUCGUCGAUAAAAUAUACUUGUACACUGUUAUAUUUAUAAACGGAUCAGCUUUUGCUUUAAUAGUAUUUUGUUACGUUCAAAUUUAUUUGAGUCUCGGUUACGAGACGAGAAGAGCCAGUACUCAAGGAGAAAUGACCAUCGCUAAAAAGAUGUCGCUGUUGAUACUUGUUGAUUUUGCUACGGUUGCGCCGAUUGCGUUUUUCGGUUUGACCGCUCUGGCAGGAUAUCCUCUAAUCGGAGUAACAAAAUCGAAAAUACUGUUGGUAUUUUUUUAUCCUUUGAACGCAUGCGCCAAUCCUUAUUUGUACGCUGUAAUGACGGCUCAGUAUAGGCACGACUUCAUGAAGUUGAUAUCGAGGUGUAAAGUGUGUCAUAAAGAACAUACUAAAGAAAAAACCGGAUGCGUUUUACUAUCAACAAGAAAUGGAACUGAAAAAACCUUAGAAAAUGGAUUAACUCCAAACAUAACAUAAACACUGAGAGACAGACUGAAGAAAAGAAUUUUAUGAAGCAAACAAUUCCAAGUCUUUCAUUUAAAAUAAUUUGAUAUUUUUAAAAACAAAAUUGUUAUUUUAACAACAAACAUAGAGUAAAUGUUUCACAUAAUACACUGAGAACAAGUUCGAAGAACUACACUGGGAAAAAUGAAUAUGUCUUCCGAUUAUAAAGCUGUAAAUUGUUUAGAAAGAGUUUAUAAAUGUAAUAGACAGCUAGAUGCAAUGAUUUCCGUCGUUUUUCAUAACUACACAUUGAAAAUUAGGUUUUUCGUUAGUUCCUUACAACUAAGUUAAACAUAUAUACAUUUUAUUGCAUUCCACGUAUAAAAAACUUUUCUCAGUGUAUUCAUUUCAGAACAAAGCAUUGGAAACUAUUUUUUAAAAAAAUGAUUUAUAAUAUAUUUAUAAAAUUUAUAUUGAAAUGUUGAUAUUUAUAGCAUUAGUUUUAUUUAAAAAAAUAUACGUGCACUACG